AUGCGGAACAAUGCAGCUUCCUCGAGAUGGGCAACGAAGGGGCAGCGGCCCGUUCGCAUUGCGAAUUGCUCGGGAGCUCGAGGCGAUCCCGGAUAUCAAAUGCUGCGGCAGGCAACGCUUGGGGAUGUGGAUUUCAUUACGGGAGAUUAUCUUGCAGAAAUGAACCUGGCCGAACAUGCGGAGGCGAUGGCGGCCGGACAGCAUCCUGGAUAUGAUCCGUAUGCAUGGGAUGGGAUCCAGCAAUCGAUAGACGCUAUCGCGGCUAAGCGGAUCAAAAUAGUUAUCAACGGGGGCGCUUUGAACCCUCGUGGUUUGGCUGUUCAAACCCAGAAGCUGGUAAGCAGCCGAGGCUAUGACCUAAAAGUCGCCUACGUCGCCGGCGACAACCUCCUCGACGAGGUACGGGACAGCCUCGCAAAGACAGGCACACUGCCCGCCCAUCUCGACUCCAACAACCCGGAAAUCCAGACGCAGGCGCACACCAACGAUCUCCUGGACACCCAGGGUAAACCAGUCGUUUCCGCAAACACAUACCUCGGCGCCCGCGCAAUCGUCAAGGGCCUGGAAGCAGGCGCCGAUAUCAUAAUUUGUGGACGUGUCGCAGAUGCCUCCCCCGUAAUCGGCGCCGCAUGGUAUUGGCACGGAUGGAAGGAGACGUACUAUGACGCGCUAGCCGGGGCAUUGAUUGCGGGCCACCUCAUUGAAUGCUCGGCGUACGUGACCGGGUCGAAUUUCUCGGGCUUCUCGGAGUAUGAUCUCGAUAGAUUUGUGGAUUUGCCGUUUGGGAUUGUGGAGGUGGAUGCUGGGGGGAGUUGUGUGGUUACAAAGCAUGAAGGGACGAAGGGGCUUGUGAAUGUGGAUGUGGUUAAGUGUCAGUUUUUGUAUGAGCUGCAGGGAGAUGUUUAUCUUAAUAGUGACGUCAAGGCAUAUACACAGAACAUCUCAAUUGAGGCCGUAGGAAAAGAUCGGGUGCGAGUUUCUGGUGUAACCGGUGGCCCGCCACCUCCCACGACAAAACUAGCAAUAUUCUACCGAGGGGGGUUCGAAUCUCAGCUUCUCAUAAACGCGACAGGCUAUGGCACCGAUAAGAAAUGGGAGCUUUUCGAGAAACAGAUGCGAUUUGGACUGGCAAAGAGGGGUCUUACUGCAGAUAAAUUCCAUUUUUUGGAAUUUCAAGUGCUUGGGACCCCGGCUGCGAAUCCUUCCAGCCAGUUUAAGAGCACGACCUACUGUCGUGUAUUUACGCAGGCCGAGGAUGCAGACACCGUCAUGGCGGUGCCGAUGGUCAUGGGCGAAUUUGCCAUGCAGCACUUUUCAGGCUUCCAUCUCUCCCUCGACCAACGAACUGCCCUGCCACGCCCUUACCUCGCCUUUUACCCAGCUCUGUACCGCCAGCAUUCCCUCAAAGAAACCGUAAAUAUUCUCACCCCAAGCCGUAGUAGUAGUGGUGGUGGUGGUGGCGGGGGGAGCAGCCAAGAAACCGCAACUACCACCUCAUCAAUCGCCGCUGGCCACCCUCCCGCCUUCGAAGCCCUCGAGGCACGGAAGAACUACAACACCGUCUCCCCAAUAGCCAUAAGCACCCUCGGCCCCACGACCCGCAUGCGCCUAGGCGACAUCGCCCUCGCACGAUCGGGAGAUAAGGGAGCCAAUAUCAACUUUGGCAUCUUCGUGCGGUCAGCGGGCCAGUGGGACUGGUUCCGGAGCUUCAUGAGCCGGGAGAAGAUGCGGGAGUUGCUGGGUGAGGAUGAUGAUGGGUAUUUCAUCGAGCGGGUUGAGUUCCCGCGGUUGUGGGCGGUGCAUUUUGUGAUUUAUGGGAUUUUGGGCCGUGGGGUGAGUAGUUCGACGAAGCUGGAUUGUUUGGGGAAGGGGUUUGCGGAUUAUGUGCGUGAUAAAGUUGUGGAGAUUCCUGUGGGUAUUUUGGAGGGCACGAGAUUGUGA